ACCUGCCUUGGCCUCCCAAAGAAUCUGUAUUUCUAACAAGCUCCAGGUGCUUCUCACCUAUGGGCCAUGCUUUGAGUAUCACUGGACUAAAUGAUUGCUUACAACCCAAGUGCCAUGGAGAAAAUAAAGUGACAAUGUGGUGGAGUCAGGAGGAUUGAGAUUCAGUGGUUGGGGAAAGCCACUCUGAGCAGUUGACUUUUGAGAAGGGACAGAUCUGGAGGAAGAGCAAAGGGUUAAGACAAAAUGCAGCUUGUGGGGUGUCAGGAGCUGAAAGAAGGCCAGGGGCUAAAGAGGGUUGGUGAGAGACAGGGCCUAAGAGGUGAUGGUCCAGAUCUGCAGGGCUGGCCUCGUAGGCCAUGGAGGACCACUAGCUUCGUUCUGAAUGCAGUACGAAGCUACUGUAGGGUAGUGAGCAGGGUGACAUGGUUAGUGUUGUGUGUGUCACACAUUGGUCCGCUGCUGGGUGGGAAAUGGGUUGUCGUGGAGUGAGGAGAGUAGCACGGGACAGUGGGGCCUGCUGCAGUUGCCCAGGAGAGAGGGGACAUUAUGGGAGUUGAGGAUGGAUUUGGAAUCUUCUGGAGUGGAGCUGACCUGAUUUGCUGCUGGAUCAAAUUAACCAUCCCUUCCUUCCCGGCCACAGUUGAAGUGUGAUGUGUUGUUGAAGCCCUUUGCUACAGGCAGGCCUUACAGCUUGUUAAAUGUGUCUCCUGCGCUCCCCGCCCCCAUCUGGGCUCUCAGUUUAAUGUCUCUCUGUUACAGGCCUGGCACUGAGUGGCUGUCAGGGCUGUGUGGAUGGAUGAGAGGUUAGACUGUCAAUGGCCCUGAUACCCAGGGUGUUCGUGGGAAACCUUCCCUUCGAGCUCAUGACGACCCUACCUGGUUGCCCCAGGAGCGAGCCCCAGGUUGUCUUCUGAAAAUAACCAGCAGCUGUCUGGUUUCAGGAUGGCUUUCUGUGGUUGGCACACCUCAGGUGGUGACAGCCCCAACUCCAAUUUUGAGUUGCAUUCAACAUAAAAGGUCAAUUUGUCACGCUCUGUUUUUCCUGGUUAGGUUUUUAUGAUACUCAGUUUAGAAAGUGGCAUAAAAUUCAGAUGCAUCAAUUCAUGUGAACCAGGAGAGAUAAUAACACAUUACUCGGUACCCUUAACCCCACUUCCGUCUUCUGUUUUAGGAGGAAGCAACAAUAAAGCAAUCUGAUACCAGGAUUAUGGCAGGAAAAGUAAAAUGGGUCACUGAUAUCGAGAAGUCAGUGCUGAUCAAUAACUUUGAAAAGAGAGGAUGGGUCCAAGUGACAGAAAACGAGGACUGGAAUUUUUACUGGAUGAGUGUGCAAACCAUCCGAAAUGUGUUCAGCGUCGAAGCUGGAUAUCGGCUCUCAGACGACCAAAUAGUCAACCAUUUUCCAAACCACUAUGAACUGACCCGGAAGGACCUGAUGGUGAAGAACAUCAAAAGAUACCGGAAGGAACUGGAGAAAGAAGGGAGUCCUCUGGCAGAAAAAGAUGAAAAUGGAAAAUACCUCUAUCUGGACUUUGUUCCGGUCACCUAUAUGCUGCCCGCUGACUACAACCUGUUUGUAGAGGAGUUCCGGAAGAGCCCGUCCAGCACGUGGAUCAUGAAGCCUUGUGGCAAGGCCCAGGGAAAGGGCAUCUUCCUUAUCAACAAGCUCUCACAGAUCAAAAAGUGGUCCCGGGACAGCAAGACGUCUUCGUUUGUGUCUCAAUCUAAUAAAGAAGCCUACGUGAUUUCUCUCUAUAUUAACAACCCGUUACUAAUUGGCGGGAGGAAGUUCGACCUGCGCUUGUACGUUCUGGUGUCCACGUACCGUCCGCUGCGCUGUUACAUGUACAAGCUUGGGUUUUGCCGGUUCUGCACAGUGAAAUACACCCCGAGUACCAGUGAGCUGGACAACAUGUUCGUUCAUCUCACCAAUGUCGCCAUCCAGAAACACGGGGAGGACUACAACCACAUCCACGGGGGCAAGUGGACAGUGAGCAACCUGCGGCUGUACCUGGAGAGCACCCGCGGCAAGGAGGUGACCAGCAAGCUGUUCGACGAGAUCCACUGGAUCAUCGUGCAGUCCCUGAAGGCCGUGGCGCCGGUGAUGAACAAUGACAAGCACUGCUUUGAAUGCUAUGGCUAUGACAUCAUCAUCGACGACAAGCUGAAGCCCUGGCUGAUCGAGGUGAACGCGUCCCCGUCUCUCACAUCCAGCACUGCCAACGACCGAAUCCUCAAGUACAACCUGAUUAACGACACCCUCAACAUCGCCGUCCCGAAUGGCGAAAUCCCAGACUGCAAAUGGAACAAGUCGCCCCCAAAGGAAGUCCUCGGCAAUUACGAGAUUCUGUACGAUGAAGAACUGGCCCAGGGUGACGGGGCUGACCGGGAGCUGAGAAGCCGUCAGGGUCAGUCUCUGGGGCCCAGAGCAGGCCGAUCGAGAGACUCGGGGAGAACCGUCCUCACCACCUGGAAGUGACUCCCACCCGGACCUUAUCAAAACUACUCACUCCACCUGGGCCCCUGCUGAAGCCCUAUUUUGAAAUUUCCCUUUUGUAGAGCUUUUUUCCUUUCCUAAGCCCUGUAAAUAAAUGAAGGCACUUCUUUGGAAGGUUA